AAGGAAGCGAAAACGUUUAUAUUUCGACCGUGAAUGGCUUUUAGUAUUUCUUCCAGGACCUUUACCUCCCUUGUAACCUCUCCGCCGUUGUCUUUCGGUGGGAAGCGCCCUUCCGCAGAAUGCAAGGCCUGGAGGCGGAUUUGAUGAGGGUUUUGGAAGGACGAGUUGGAUCUCCUGCACCUGUUCUCACCCCCAGACCUAACUUUCUCAGCGACCACUAUGAUGCGCAAAGGCGAAUCUUCGAGCUCAGGCUCUGCUGCUGCCAAGAAGCGCCGUCUGCCACGGGCAUGCGACAUGUGUAAACGAAAGAAAGUUCGCUGCGACAGCGAGCAAAUGCCGGGAAAACGGUGCACGAACUGUAUCAGCUUCAAUUACACAUGCACACAUAUCGAAGCCUUGAAUAGCAUGGGAUCGGCGAAGGGUUACGUGCAACGGCUUGAAAGGCGGCUCAGAAAACUAGAGUCAUUGUUCAAACGUUUCCUACCCGACGUCGAUAUGGACACUGAACUGACAGAAGGUUCCACAGAUGAUGAAUCGUCUAGUUCAAAGUUUUCGCGGACAGAAUACUAUGACCAAAGGGUGUCAGUUCUGAGCAAUGAGGUGAACAGGCUUCUCUCAAUGUCCCCAGAGAAGCACUUCUUUGGAAAAUCAUGUUGCAUCCCUUACAUCCCCUUGAUAAUACAAAAGAGGGCCCAGUACCUCGGAAAGGAAAAAAUAGAUCCGAUACAUCAAACUCUUUCCAUAAAACGGCGAGAACAAUUUUGGGAUGUCCAAUCAUAUUAUUCUCUAAAAAUAGAUGACUCCUUGCCCGAUUAUCUCUUCCCUGACGAAGACCUCAUGUCAGCCCUUGUAGAUCUCUACUUCACCUAUCACAACUGCUAUCUGCCCCUUCUGCAUCGGCCCACGUUCGAGAACGACAUGAAUGCUGGUUUACAUCUGAGCGAUUAUAUGUUCGCGGGUACUUUACUCCUCGUAUGUGCCCUUGGCGCGCGGAACUCGUAUGAUCCGCGGGUCUUUGACGAGUGCAACGGGGAAGCAGGUUGGCAAUGGUUUGAACAAAUAACACCAUUUCGAUCAUCAUUACACGAUAGAAGUGCCACAACCCUUUACGAACUUCAGAUACACUGUCUAUCUUCGUUGUACCUAGAGUCAGUAGGCCUCUGGGAGUCUGUUUGGACGCAAGUGGGCCUAGCGUUGCGCUUGGCCCAGAAUGUUGGCGCGCAUAUGCAUCGCAAUAACCCUCCGAAUGCCAGAGACGAACUGUGGAAGCGCGUGUUUUGGGUCCUUAUGUUCCUCGACGUGUCGUUAGCAUGCCUUUACGGACACGCCGUAACUCUGCAUUACGAAGACUUUGAUCUCGACUUCCCAUUGGAAUGCGAUGACGCGUUUUGGAACCAUCCGGAUCCUACGCUGAAUUUCACUCAACCGUCACAGCAGCCCAGCCAGAUCUCCUUUUUUGUGUAUCUGUUAAAAUUGGUGAAUAUCAUGAGCUACAUCAAAGAUAUCGUUUAUUAUACUAGGAAACCGCUCAUGGUCCUUGAUGGUCAACAUCGUCCUCCUGAGACUGAGAUUGUAUCCAACAUCGACUCAGUCUUAGAUCGGUGGGUGAACUCUAUCCCAGGCCACUUACGAUGGGAUCCUGGCCGGAAGGAACAGCUUUUCUUCCAUCAGUCUGGAUUUUUAUACAUAACCUAUCAAUACACCCGGAUAUUGCUGCACAGACCGUACAUCCCACAGACCUUCGACAGAAAAACUCCCUUGACUCUAUAUCCUUCAGUUGCGACCUGCAUGGAGGCGGCGAUGUCGUGUUUGGACGUCAUCAAUGUGCAGAAACAGAGAGGAUACAUCGAGUCAUUGAGUGUAGUUGCCUUUGUGAACUCGGCCACUCUGGUACUUCUGCUGAUCUUUUGGAGCGGAUAUGGUUCAGGCAACGAUCCAUCGGCAAGCAGAGAAAUGCAGAGCGUUUUCGUUUGUAUGGAGAUGAUGAAGGCGAUCGAAGAUCGGUAAGUACAUCUCGUCAAUGUUGAGAACGAAUGCAUCUGAUUUUGG